GCCGCGCGUUCGCAGAGCUCUGCGCGCCCUUUACGUCGGAGAUCCAGGAGUAGGCGUUUCCGGCCAUUCAUACUCCAGUCCGUGGGGCCUUGGUUGUUGGGGUUUGUGCACUCUUCGGACCGAGAGCGUGACGGCGCCGCUAGGAUGAAGCUCGUGAGAUUUUUGAUGAAAUUGAGUCAUGAAACCGUAACCAUUGAAUUAAAGAAUGGAACACAGGUCCAUGGAACAAUCACAGGUGUAGAUGUCAGCAUGAAUACACAUCUUAAAGCUGUGAAAAUGACCCUGAAGAACCGAGAACCUGUACAACUGGAAACACUGAGUAUUCGAGGAAAUAACAUUCGAUAUUUUAUUCUGCCAGACAGCUUACCUCUGGAUACACUACUCGUGGAUGUUGAGCCAAAGGUGAAAUCUAAGAAAAGGGAAGCUGUUGCAGGAAGAGGCCGAGGCCGAGGAAGAGGAAGAGGACGUGGCCGGGGCAGAGGAAGAGGGGGUCCUAGGCGAUAAUAUCUCUCAAGAUUACUGUUUGAAAGUGACAUAUAAUUUGGGGUAUUUUUUUGUACAGCUUUUGUUUGUUUAUGUCAGUUUUUAAUAAAGUUAAACGUAGGACA